AUGGCAUACUGGAAGCGACUAGCGAGAUUCGUCCCCAAGGGGUACCCCUCCAAAACACUAAUUGGAGAACCUGAGAAUCAUGCUAUUGACGUCGGACUUGCGCUGUACAAAGGCGAAACCGUCAAGGCGAGAGUCUUCAGCGGCAGUUCAGUGCUCGAGCCAGGUGCACCAUCCGGAGAGGUUGUUGAAAUUGAUCGUGUGCUAUCGCCUCUGACACAGGCUGAAGUGGGAACGAUAAGAUGUAUUGGACUGAAUUACAAGGCACACGCAGCUGAAGCCUGCUUGGAACCCCCGACUAUACCGACUGCCUUCUUGAAACCAGACACAGCCCUCGCCGACCCCUAUCCCGCCCGCACCAUCCUGCCCAAGCUUACUCAAGUGGAUGACUGCGGCGACUAUGAGAGCGAGCUGACCAUCGUCAUCGGCAAAGAGUGCAAAAAUGUAUCUGAAGCCGACGCUUACGAUUACGUGCUUGGCUACACGGCGGCCAACGAUGUGAGUUCCAGGACAAGUCAGUUCAAUCAGAGCCAGUGGUGUUUCAGUAAAGGUUUUGAUGACUCUUGUCCAAUUGGGCCGGUCAUCGUGUCCAAAUCACUCAUCCCGGAUCCUCAUAAGCUCAAUGUCCGUGGCUUGAAGAACGGCCAAGUGCUGCAGGAAUCCAGCACGGACGAUUUGAUCUUCAAUGUGCCAAAGAUAAUCAGCUUUCUGAGCCAGAGCACGACACUGAAGCCGGGCACUGUCAUUAUUACCGGGACCCCGGCUGGUGUGGGGAUGGUACGAAAACCGCAAGUGACGAUUAAGGAGAAUGAUGUUUUCUUCGUCGAGAUUUUGCCGUAUAUCGGGACCUUGGUUAAUAUUUUUAAGAAUGAGCAAUAA